AUGAAAUCAAAAGCAACAUUUGUUAUAGUCUUAAUGGUAAUUAUGGUAAUGGUAUCAUUAUGUGAAGGUACUUGUGAAUGGUACGGUACAACACCAUACUGUGAAGGAACAUGUCCUAGUGGCUACUAUCGUUCAGCAGCAACUCAAUGUUCCGGUUAUAGUCCUGGUUGUUGGACUGGUUCUAAAGUUUGCUGUUGCACUUAA